CCGAAGGGGACAGACGCAAACGUUAUCCUGCCACAUCUUGUGUCCUGUUUUACAGGAAGAAGACUGUCACCGAUUAUACUUUUCUAGCGGAGACCCUGACAGAUAGAGUGGAAAUCACCUGUACCGAACCUGGCAACAUCAUAGAAGUUCUCAAAAGAAAUGAGAUCUUCUGUAAACUAAUGAAAAAGGUGAAGGGGAGAGAAGUUGUCAUUGUGAAUACAAAAGGGGCCAUAGCGGAGCACUUUCCAUGUUGCUUAAUUAAGAAAGAUGAGCCCCUCGUUAUAUUCAUUGUCACUAAAUCUAAAACAACGGCCAAAGAUGAGAAAAGGGAACUUGCACAGGGAAAAGAACUUGAACAGGGAAAAGAACUUGAACAGGGAAAAGAACUUGAACAGGGAAAAGAACUUGAACAGGGAAAAGAACUUGAACAGGGAAAAGAACUUGAACAGGGAAAAGAACUUGAACAGGGAAAAGAACUUGAACAGGGAAAAGAACUUGAACAGGGAAAAGAACUUGCACAGGGAAAAGAGCAACAGCAAAAAUGCACAUUUGUCACUUUCUGUGUUGAGGUAACAGGUGGGAAAAAUAUCACAAGCAAGGAGGUACUUAAACACAAAAAACAUAAGCAUUUUAGCCCUCUGUGUAUCUAUGCAAAAUAUGGGGAUACAGUCAAGUCAGCUCUGGAAGCAGAUGGGCGUUUCUCAGACAUAGUGUUUGCAGAAACAUGUACACUUUGUGAGGAACCCCAAAAACAAACAAAUAUUACUAUGUCCACUGUAGUAAACAAGCUAGAAGAUCGCAGAUUUCAAAUUUUUCUAAAGGAUCCAACAAACAGAGAAGUGCUUGGCACCACAAAAUCAAAGAUUUCUGACAAAAGAUUCAAAUCUGAGGGUGACACCACACAACCCUCUCAGUCCAACCCAAGUUCAACAUCAGAGGAGGGGCCCUCUGUGGGAAAUAUGACACAGGAGCAACAGGAAAUACAGAAAAAUAAACGAAAAUACAUUCCCAUGCCAGAUUCUAGGGAAAUUCAGCAGAUCUUAUGCGACCAGUUUAAACGUUUACAAGAUCACAUGAAGAGUAGGUAUCCACAGGAGAAAUCUGAGUCUGAAGUGAUAGAGUUGAUGAGGGAGGAAUUUGGUAAGAAACCAGAGAGUUUUACUGAAGUGUACAGGUUAACAGAGCUGGCAGAAGUGACCACCUCAGUCUGUAAGGUCGAACACAAAUUCAUCGAAGGAACAGGUUUCCUGCUGUUCGAUAACUUCAUCCUGACAAAUGGUCAUUUGUUCAAGGAUAAAGGUGUACUUCAGGAAAAGACACUGUCGGUUCCCACAACUGUCACGUUUAAUUUUGACAACCCACUUGGAUCAGGUCAGUGGAAGGUAGAUGUUAAACCAGAAGUGGUUGCCCUCCAAUAUGGAGUUGAUAGGUGGGGGCGUCAGGUUGACUAUGCCAUCCUGGAGUUGAGUACCCCGUUAAAAGGCAAGAAGUUUCCUCCAGGUGUCCUUCAGAAGUAUGGCCCAGUCCCUCAGACAGGUGGAAUCUACAUCGUUGGCCAUCCAGAUGGAGGCGUUAAAAAGAUGGACUCCACGACCAUAAUAGAGGUGGAACAAAGAAAUGCAGCUGAGAACAAACAUUUAGGAGACAACCAGAGCUCCAUCAUGUUAAUCAAAGAAAGCAUUUUGAGUGAUGAGUUGGACAAAGAGUUUCAUGAGCAGAUGAUGCAGGGGAAUCUGAAUGUGUUGACUUAUAACACCUUCUGCUUUAAUGGAGCCUCUGGGUCUCCGGUUAUAAAUCCCAGUCAUUGUCAAGUAAUUCAUGGCAUCCCAGUAUAUGGCUGCCAGGUGAUUGCCAUGCAUACUGGUGGCUUUUUGUACAAAUGUAAGGAAACUCAUGAAACUCAGAGUGUGAUUGAAUAUGCAAUCCCUCUCAGGACCAUUCUAGAAAACGUAUUGGUCUACUUGGUGGACACAAACAAUGUUCAAAUGUUGUCAAGAUUCACCACUGUUGCCAUGAAAAACCCACAUCUGUUUGAGCUCAUUACCUGUCUUAUCAUGGAGAUGCAGACCACAUUGCAGCCUGGAUACUCUGAUAUCCUUGACGGAAUAUGGAAGAAAAUAUCACAAAGUCAUAAAAGAGAUGAGAUGCAGAAAUAGAUCAUUGAAAUAAGUGCACGUACAUCAAGGAUCGGAUUGAGGUGCUGAACUGUGUUUUAACAGAAGUUAGGGCGGAUGUGGCUGUGGAUGUCACCUGUUUGUUGGGAAGCAGCUUUAGGACAUUUUAAAUUAAAACAAUAAUGCUUUUAUUGUCACACACACACAGCAGAUAUGUGCAGUGAAAUGUAUUGUUUUACAGGGUCAACCAUAGGAGUACGGUGCUCCUGGAGCAAAUGAGGUGCCUUGCUCAAGGGCACAGAGACAGAUUUGUCACGUUUAGUAUUUGAACCGGUGACCUUUCAGUUGCGAGCCCAACACUCUAACCUCUACCCGUCUCCCCCUUCACUUAGAUGCACCUGUAGACGUAAGCUACAGAGGGAUAUGGUGAUGUGCCUAUAUUAUUUAGGAAAGCCACGGUGUCACAUAUCAUCGCUGUCGGGUGAAAACCUCUCGUCUCUGAAACACACUUUUCCAGGAAAAAAAAAACGGCCAUAUUUUACAACAUUAACCGAACAUUACAUUUCACAACUACUGAAGAUAUCUUGUAUACAUUUUUUUUUUACCUUUAUUUUACUAGGUCAAGUCAGUUAAGAACAAAUUCUUAUUUUCAAUGACGGCCUAGGAACUGUGGGUUAACUGCCUUGUUCAGGGGCAGAACGACAGAUUUGUACCUUGUCAG